AAAACCAAUCCCCACUUGUGCUGAUUUGUUUUCUGAUUUCUGAUUUCUUGACUUUGAGAUCGUCUCACUGAUCGGCGGCUCAGAAGUUUUUUUUUCUUCGUAAAAAGAACAUUCAGUCGUACACUCGGUUCUCACUAUUCAUUCUUCGGCAUCUGUCUUACCUUUCCGAGGCAUUCCAGGUCUCAGGUGCACCAGGUAGCAGGCGAUUGGCAGGCAUAGAGUGAUAGAGUGGGGGAUCGUAACGAAAAGAAGCAGAGGCGCAGAGGGAGGUUUGAUCGCAUCAUACAAGUAGAUUCAUAUCACGAAAAACGAACGCUCCAUAGAAACUUCUUGACUCUCUUCACGAUUUCUCUCAACGAGAGCUAAUGUCAUCUCUUACGACUUUUCAACUACUUCGAGAGUUUUGUCUCCUUCACGAUGAUCAACGCCAGAACGACUUCCAUGCCUUUAGGACAGAUAGCGACGCUCAUGGGUGUCCGUCUAGCCGAACCGAUUGCAUAUACUGUCAUCUUCCCAUUCAUCAACCAAAUGGUCGAAGAACUCGGUGUCACGGACAAUCCUGAUAAGAUUGGCUUUUACUCUGGUCUCGUCGAGAGUGUGUUUGCCUUUACGCAAUUCUGGACAGUCUAUCACUGGGCCAAGUUGUCAGACAAGAUAGGAAGGAAACCGGUUAUACUCGUCGGGUUGAUCGGGGUCGCCGUCACGGUGUCUAUCUUCGGUCUAUCGACUUCCUUCUGGAUGAUGAUCCUCAUUCGGUCUGUCAGCGGAGCAUUGAAUGGGAAUGUCGCAGUGAUUAAAGCCGCCAUUGGGGAUAUAACGGACGAGUCGAAUUCCACGGAGGCUUUUACACUUUAUGGUCUCACAUGGACAGUAGGGGCGAUGCUGGGAAGUGCUCUUGGAGGCACUCUGUCUCAUCCAUACGAACGAUUCCCGGAGGUGUUCGGCACUGCGGAAACGCUGGUGGAUCCGGAAUCACCCAUGACUCCCAGCAGAAAUAGUCUGUUGCCCAAGUUCCAACAAGGGCUCGACCAGGGGAACGGGUUUCCGAGUCCUCGUAAUCGAUCAUGGAAAUUAUCUGAGCUCAUGGCUCAUCGACCUGUCCGAGUGAUGAGCGUCACAACCUUUCUCAACUCUUUUGUUCAGGCCGCUUGGCAAGCAGUAUCGCUUCUCUUUUUCUUUGACAAAAACAAUGGUUUAGGCAUGUCUGCUUCGGCCAUUGGUCUAUCACUGGCUGUCAAUGGUUUCUUCACCAUCAUCUGUCAAUUACUCGUCCUAAAUCGUCUUCGACGGGCGUUAGGCUUAGCCAAGGCGUAUAGACUCCUAUCUGCCUUGUGGAUUCCUGUAUUCCUUCUUCUCCCUCUUCUUCGCGACAUACUCGAAGCUACUGAGACUUCUCUCCCAGUGAUCGACCCCGCCAGCGAGGGUCAAUAUUCUGAGAUCAGAGGCUGGACAACGAGCAUCUGCGUCAACUUGCUACUGUCCUACGUGACAGUCUGUGGGAUGUCUGGCAGUUUACUGAUGGUAUUUGUGAACUACAGUAGUCCGGAUAGAACAGCAUUGGGAGCGGUGAAUGGGAUUACGACUGCAGUUGGGUGUAUGGCACGAGUCAUCGGUCCAUCUCUCGUCAGCGCUCUGUACGCCAUAUCGAUGGACGGUAAAAUUCUCGGUGGUCGAUUGUGGUGGAUCUUCAUGCCAUCUUCGUACAAGAGCCCACACCUGGUCAGUCAUUGUGCGAAGAAGAAGAGGGAACAUCGUUAG